UUUUAUACCCGUUUGCAACACAAUUUUCUCUGAAAAGUCUGGAAUCAUCCCUGUUUCCUCAUCGGUUCGUGGAAAACAAAAUGAGACAGAGAAGGUAGAGAAAACCCACGAAUAGUGAAAACAUGUUAGGUUUUCAUGUGAUUUAACAUGUUAGUCAAGAGUUUCAGGGAAACCUAAAACCGAAACUGUGGUUAGGAUUUCACGAGCUGCCCGCCUCUCCUUGUGAAAGAAAAGUAACUACAUCCAUCCAUCAUAACUAUGAUUCAGAACCACCUUCCUCCUCAGGUAUGAUACGUAUCAGUACAGGGAAGAUGUGAAAUGUUGAGUAAGCCAAUAAGUUUCAUUUUCGGUUUUACAAUCAGCAGAAAAUAUAUACGUCAUAUGCAUAUAAGAAUAACGCAUUAUGUGGUAAAAACAACAACAAAACACACACACACAUGUGGUUUUAGAGUUUCUUUGGCAACACGAAAUUCGGUGGGUGGAAUGAUUCAUGUCAUUCAAACGAGAUUAUGUAUUUAAAUCACGUCAGUAUGUUAGCUAUCAGCAAUAGAAUACAAUGAUGGCAACCGUGAAGUUCGUGUUUUUCGUUAUGUUUCUUAUCGCUGGCAGCAGCACCACACCAAGACAUGAAGCCGACUAUUUGGUUAUGUUCCAGAAACCAAUUGAUAAUUUUUUUAUCAUGAAGGACUUCCGGGACUUGGGUACCAUGUGCCAGUUCAGCAGUCAGUGUAAGAGCAACUGUUGCCUCAUGGAGCAUCGAACUAACAAACGAACUUGUCAGAUGAGAGCGCUGAAAGGGGAACUAUGUUCCAAUAGCCAGAUCAAAUUCGACUGCUAUGCGGAUUUCUGCCCUUGUGAAAGUGGAAAUGAGUUUUGCACGGAUUACCAAUGUACAGAAUGAGAUCGACGGAAAUUUGAACAACGACGGAUAAAACAAACUUGGAAGAGUAGAUUGUGACAAGAAACAAGUCUACACACUUC